GCCACUAACAGCUCCACAGGAGGAUCGCGCUGUUCAUCUCACACCUGUAGAUGAUUCUUAUUCUCUCUUACCCUUGUUGGAUUUGGGUUAUUUUUGAGCGUGGAACUAAUGUGUGUUCCUGCACAAAACUGAGCUGAUAUUAUAGUCUACGUUUAUAUUUCUCCGCUGAGAUCGAGAAGUUAAACGACGUAAAACGCAACUUUUCAGCACCACAGUGACCGAACAGCGAGCACUGACCCGAUGGAGCCGUCCGUGAUCCCCGGAGACGAAAUGCCCGACAUUUACUCCAUUAACCCGUUUAAUAUCACUUUUCCUGACGAGGUGAUGGGGUUCGUUCCCGACGGGAGAAACUACACCGAGCCCAACCCGGUAAAGAGCCCCGCGGGGAUCAUCGUCGCCAUUUCCAUAACGGCUCUGUACUCUGUCAUCUGCGUGGUGGGACUCCUGGGAAAUAUCCUGGUGAUGUACGGGGUGGUCAGAUACACCAAGCUGAAAACUGCCACCAAUAUCUACAUCUUCAACAUGGCUCUGGCAGAUGCCCUGGCCACCAGUACACUUCCAUUCCAGAGCGCCAAGUACCUAAUGAACACCUGGCCAUUUGGAGAGUUUCUGUGUAAAAUGGUCAUAGCCAUUGACUACUAUAACAUGUUUACCAGUAUCUUCACCCUCACAAUGAUGAGUGUGGACCGUUACAUCGCAGUGUGCCACCCUGUGAGGGCACUGGAGUUUCGGACCCCAAUUAAGGCCAAAAUCAUCAACGUGUGCAUCUGGAUGCUCUCCUCUGCUGUUGGAGUGCCAAUCAUGAUCAUGGCUGUUACCAAAGUGACGAACCAAGGGACAACUAUCUGCAUGCUGAAAUUCCCUGAUCCCGACUGGUACUGGGAUACAGUGACGAAAAUCUGUGUGUUUAUCUUUGCAUUUGUGAUACCAGUGCUAGUCAUCACAAUCUGCUAUGGUCUGAUGAUCCUACGCUUGAGGAGUGUCCGUCUUCUCUCAGGCACAAAGGAGAAGGACAGGAACAUGCGUCGUAUCACUCGAAUGGUCUUGGUAGUGGUGGCUGCCUUCAUCAUCUGCUGGACACCUAUCCACAUCUUUAUCAUUGUCAAAACACUCGUAGACAUCAACCAGAAGAACCCCUUUGUGAUUGCCAGCUGGCACCUGUGCAUCGCGCUUGGCUAUACUAACAGCAGCCUCAAUCCAGUCCUCUAUGCUUUCUUGGAUGAAAACUUCAAGAGAUGCUUCAGAGAUUUCUGUCCACCGUUCCGAACCAGAGCUGGCCAGAAUACUCUCAACCGAGCCAGGAAUGCCACAAGGGAGCCUGUGUCCGUUUGUGCUCCUUCAGAGGCAGAGAAGAAGCCGGUAUGACUAGGCCUGGAGAGGAUCCCACAGGGGUCCCAGUCCAGAAGAGUUCAGCAGGACCUACAGUCUGAGGUCACCCAAAUCUCUACAACUGAAUUCUAACAAAAUGAAAGAGCCAUUUCCAACACAAGGGAAAGUAUACAACUGAAUAGUACUCAAUGCUAUCUUGUUGUAAUUAUUACUUCAGAAGGUUGCCAGGGCUCCUCUUUCACACUGUUCAUUACUUACUUUGGAUUGUGGAUUGGCCCCCAAUAUUCUGUUGUAAGAUGACCUUAAUCAACCUUAAACACAAUAUUGAGGCCAAUAUUCUCCUAUGAGGCCAAUGUUCUUCGACAAUACAUUAAAACAUGGCACAUUUUCUCAACUUUAGGGUCUGGUGGACUGUCAGGGUCUGACAUCAUACUGACACUGAGGAAAUAACUUUUAUGUGAAUGAAGGACCGUGCAUUGAAAGAGUCUGCAAACAAUGUUUCAAUUUAUUCAUAGUCAGUAAACAAAUAAGUGCAGAUACAUCAGAAAAUGAAAUCUGGCACAGGAUACAAAAGCAAAUAGUAGAGAAGUGGUCCAAUUGGAGGACGCUCAUGCUGAAUCAUUAUAUAUUUAAUUUCUUCUAUAUCUAAGAGAUUGGACUGGCAGAGGACUAGCCUUGGGGAAAUAAAAUAUGUAAAAACUUUGCAACUUGCCACAAUUCUCUAUUAACCCCCAGUGACUGUAACUGUAGGGAAUGAUAGGCAAAUAUGUGUUGUGAUAUGCAGACCAGAGAGUAUAUGGCAGUUUGUCUGAACUUCAUUCAAGUAAAACAGACACACAAUUUAUGUAAAAAAAAAAAAAAAAAAAGUUUUUUGUUUUAGUGGAACAUAAAACACAUGGAACACUUGGAACUGA